AUGGAGACCGUAAGCAACGUGGCUUCUGCCGCUGCUAAGGCUGUCUGGGGCGAGAAUAAGCAAAACGGCUCGGAACCUAUCUCGGGGCAGGCUGGCGACACUUCCAAAGGUGAACCAUACGAUGCUGGCAACAUUGAGGAUCCUGAAGUCCAAGCCGCCAAGACAGGAACCAAUGGCGAGGCCAACAGAUCAACAGUACACACUAAAGAUGCCGAGUUCUCUAAGGAGACAGGCACUGCAGCAGAGGCCAAGGAUACGCCAGACAACCCGUCGACAGAGCUCAAGUCGAAGACCGCACCCGACGACACAACCAAGGCCCAGAACGACACGCGCAACCCAGAGGACCCGAAUACACACCCCAAGUCCGCGCCUACUGACGUCAACGACAACGAGGGCGGCCCGAACGAGGCCCAGAAGCUAGACGGCCCCGGGCCUAAACCUCUCGACGAAGUAGCGCGCGAUCACGGCGGCGACGCGGGUAAAAUACAAAAGGACAAGAGCAAACCGCUUCCCGGCGAUGAAAGCGAGGGCAAGAGCAGCGGGACUAGCGGCGAAGACGAAGACAAAGACGGCCCGAACGCGAAGAGUACCGGCGAUGGCACCGGCGAGAAGUACGUUAAGAGCAGCGGCCUCAAGGCCGACGGCGGGGACUUUGACGCUUCGAACCCGGGGGCCGGUAGGGAAGCUGAUCGUCUGCUAGAGGAGAAGGGAAUCCACCCCACAGGCCCGAAAGGCGAAAAUCCUGCGCCGGAGCACAGCGACAAGAAUGAUAAGGACAAGAAGAGCAUGGGGCAGAAAAUCAAGGAUAAGUUGCACCGACACUGA